AUGGCUAAUAAUACCAAUUAUGAAUAUGUCAAUGAAACAUCAAUAGAACCUGAAUUCAUCUGCAUUGUUUGUAGUUCUCCUUUCAUCGAUCCAUUGCGUACUCCAUGUCAUCAUUCAUUUUGUCGUCGAUGUAUUACAAAGUGGAUUUUCGGUGGAAAUUCAUCAUGUCCCAUUUGUCGAAAACAUAUUGGAUCAAUUAAUAGUCUCGCACAAGCAACUCAUUCGGUAAAGAAUUUCGUUGAAUAUCUUCCGGUUAAAUGUACAUUGUGUGAAACUACAAACAUACGAAGACGUGAUUUUCAUGAACAUAUCGAGAAAACUUGUCCGAAAGUUCAUGUUUCUUGUUCGGCAGCAGAUAUCAAAUGUCCAUGGAAAGGCACGCGUGACCAAUUAGCAAAUCAUGAAUCGAAAUGUACUUUUGAACCUCUUCGAUCGACAUUGAGUGAACUCAUUAAUGAAAAUCAACAACUCAAAGAACGAAUCAACGAUCAACAUGAUACAAUUGUUCAACUAAUGAUUCAGCUCUCUAAUUAUACGAAUACUUCAAUAGAAUGUAAUAACUGUCGUAAUUGUUUUUAUCUCGAAAAGGACAAUCGAAAUACUGCUGGUUAUUAUCGUGCAUAUGCCAAUAGUCAAUCAACAUAUGAAAACGAUGGAAGUCUCAAUUUAAUUGUCUCGGUAGAACUUUGUACUUGCCAUUGUCAUUAA